AUGGGCAGGCAAGUGAGAGGGGCAAGUGGAGAUAAACCCUCCACAAGUCGGAUGGACAUUGAAAGGAGGGGAGAAAAUUCACUGUCAGGUGCCACCCGGCCUGGCAUCGAACAAACAACUGAGAUCCUGUUGUGUCUCUCACCUGCUGAAGUCGCCAAUCUCAAGGAAGGGAUCAAUUUUGUUCGAAAUAAGAGCACUGGCAAAGAUUACAUCUUAUAUAAAAGUAAGAGCCACCUGCGAGCAUGCAAGAAUAUGUGCAAGCACCAAGGAGGCCUGUUCAUAAAAGAUAUCGAGGAUUUAGACGGAAGGUCUGUUAGAUGCACAAAACACAACUGGAAGUUGAAUGUGAGCACCAUGAAGUAUAUCAAUCCUCCAGGCAGCUUCUGUCAAGACGAACUGGUUGUGGAAAAGAAUGAAGAAAAUGGACUUUUGUUUCUAGAACUGAAUCCUCCUAACCCCUGGGAUUCAGAGCCCAGAUCUCCUGAAGAUUUGGCUUUUGGGGAAGUGCAGAUAACAUACCUGACUCAUGCCUGCAUGGACCUCAAGCUGGGAGACAAGAGGAUGGUGUUUGACCCUUGGUUAAUCGGUCCUGCUUUUGCCCGAGGAUGGUGGUUACUACAUGAGCCUCCAUCCGACUGGCUGGAGAGGCUGUACCAAGCGGACCUAAUUUACAUCAGUCACAUGCACUCAGACCAUCUGAGUUACCCCACACUGAAGAAAGUUGCUGGAAGAAGACCAGAUAUUCCCAUUUAUGUUGGAAACACGGAAAGACCUGUCUUUUGGAAUCUGAAGCAGAGUGGUGUCCAGUUGACUAAUAUCAAUGUAGUGCCAUUUGGAAUAUGGCAGCAGGUAGACAAAAAUCUUCGAUUCAUGAUCUUGAUGGAUGGCGUUCAUCCUGAGAUGGACACUUGCAUUAUCGUGGAAUACAAAGGUCAUAAAAUACUCAAUACAGUGGAUUGCACCAGACCCAAUGGGGGAAGGCUGCCUAUGAAGGUUGAUCUAAUGAUGAGUGAUUUUGCCGGAGGGGCAUCAGGCUUUCCGAUGACUUUCAGUGGUGGAAAAUUUACUGAGGAAUGGAAAGCCCAAUUCAUUAAAACAGAAAGGAAGAAACUUCUGAACUACAAGGCUCGGCUGGUGAAGGACCUACAACCCCGAAUUUAUUGCCCUUUUGCUGGGUAUUUUGUGGAAUCUCACCCAUCAGACAAGUAUAUUAAGGAAACAAACAUCAAAAAUGACCCACAUGAACUCAACAACCUUAUCAAGAAAAAUUCUGAUGUGUUAACAUGGACCCCACGACCUGGAGCCACUCUUGAUCUGGGUAGGAUGCUAAAGGAUCCAACAGACAGCAAAGGCAUCAUAGAGCCUCCAGAGGAGACUAAAAUUUACAAGGAUUCCUGGGACUUUGGACCAUAUUUGAGAAUCUUGAAUGCUGCUGUAGGAGAUGAAAUAUUUCAUCACUCACGCUGGAUAAAAGAAUACUUCACUUGGGCUGGAUUUAAGGAUUAUAACCUGGUGGUCAGGAUGAUUGAGACAGAUGAGGACUUCAACCCUUUUCCUGGAGGAUAUGACUAUUUGGUUGACUUUCUAGAUUUAUCCUUUCCAAAAGAAAGACCAAGCCGGGAACAUCCGUAUGAGGAAGGUUCUGUAUUCCACCCACUGAACACAUCUGCUAGCACCGCUUCUCUGACGCCAAAAAUCCACAGGUCCUGCCCAGACUUUGCCCAGCUCCCGCUAACUCUGUCCAGCUUCAGAUUCAUUAGAGUUAAUCGCCUGCUAGAUACCAUCACCUGGAUAUCCAAAUCCCUGAUUCGGAGCCGGGUUGAUGUCAUCAGACACGUGGUGAAGAAUGGUCUGCUCUGGGAUGACUUGUAUAUAGGAUUCCAAACCCGGCUGCAGCGGGAUCCUGACAUAUACCAUCAUCUGUUUUGGAACCAUUUUCAAAUAAAACUCCCCCUAACACCACCCAACUGGAAAUCCUUCCUGAUGUACUGUGGGUAG